AUGGCUGGGAGUUGGCAGGUGAAGGCGCAGGCGGGGGGGAUGCUGCUGGCCCUCUUUGGGUGGGUCUCCUCCUGUGUCACCACCUUCGUGCCCUUCUGGAAGAACCUCAACCUGGAGCUGAAUGAGCUGGAGGUCUGGAACAUGGGGCUCUGGCAGGUCUGCAUCACCCAGGAGGAGGGGGCGGUCGGGUGCCAAGCUCACGGCUCCUUCCUGGCGCUGCCACCUGACCUGCGCAUCUCCCGCCUGCUAAUGUGCCUCUCCAAUGGGCUCGGGCUGCUGGGCUGCCUUCUUGCUGCUCUGGGGAUGGAGGGCUGGAGACCCUGCGAGGACAAACCUGGGCUGAAGCGGCAGCUCCUGCUCGCCGGGGGAGCGGCACUCGGCAUAGCAGGGAUAGCCACCCUGGCACCGGUCUCCUGGGUCGCCUACAACACUGUCCUUGACUACUGGGAUGACACCGUCCCUGACAUCGUCCCUCGGUGGGAGUUCGGGGAGGCCACCUUCCUGGGCUGGUUCGCUGGCGUCUUCCUCACUGCCAGCGGGCUGCUCCUCGCCUGCAGCACCCGGCCCAUGAGGACCACACCACCACCGGUCCCUGCCUGCCAUCAGCUCCCUGCCACAAGAGGCCUGGCUGGGCCCCACCACCCACACCCCAAAAACGCAGACCUGGUCAUCUAG